AUGCAGAGCACCAAUCGCUCCACAGUGACUGAGUUCGUCCUGGUGGGUUUCUCCACCUUCCCCCGCUUACAGCCCCUCUUCUUCCUGCUCUUCCUGCUCAUGUACCUCUUCACGUUGCUAGGCAACCUGCUCAUCAUGGCCACCGUGGGCCUGGAGCGCAGCCUCCACACUCCCAUGUACCUCUUCCUGUGCACCCUGUCCCUCUCCGAGGUCUUCUACACUGUGGUCAUCAUCCCACGCAUGCUGGCCGACCUGCUCUCCACACGCCACACCAUCGCCUUCCCCGCCUGUGCCUGCCAGAUGUUCUUCUCCUUUGCCUUCGGCUUCACCCACUCCUUCCUCCUCACCAUCAUGGGCUAUGACCGCUACGUGGCCAUCUGCCACCCCCUGCGCUACAAUGUCCUCAUGGACCCUCGGGGCUGCGCCUGCCUGCUGGGCUGCUCCUGGGCCGGCGGCUUUCUCAUGGGCCUGGUGGUCACCACAGCCAUUUUCCACCUCCAUUUCUGUGGGCCCAAUCACAUCCAUCACUUUGCCUGCCAUGUGCCACCACUGCUGAAGCUGGCCUGUGGCCCUGACGUCCUGCUGGUGGCCAGGGCCGUGGGCCUCGUGUGCAUCGCCGCCCUGCUGGGCUGUUGCCUCCUCAUCCUCCUGUCCUAUGCCUUCAUCGUGGGGACCAUCCUGAGGAUCCCCUCAGCCGAGGGGCGCCACAAGGCCUUCUCUACCUGUGCAUCCCACCUCACCGUGGUCAUCGUGCACUAUGGCUUUGCCUCUGUCAUCUACCUCAAGCCCAGGGGCCCCCCGUCUCUGGAGGGGGACACCCUGAUGGGCAUCACCUACACCGUCCUCACACCUUUCCUCAGCCCCAUCAUCUUCAGCCUCAGGAACAAGGAGCUCAAGGUCGCCAUGAAGAAGACUUUCCUCCACAAACUCUACCCAGAAAAGCUAUAA